AUGCCUGCUGGCAUGUUCAGCAUCGACAACAUCUUGGCGGCCAGACCCCGCUGCAAGGAGACGGGGCUGCUGCAGCAGCAGCAGCAGCAGCACCCCGCGCAGCAGUCUCAGCCCAGCGCGGCGCCCGUCGUCUUCUCGGCCAGCCUGCACGGAGGGGACUCCCUGUACGGCCCUGCUGGCAGCGACUACGGCGGAUAUUACUCGCGGGCCGUGGCUCCGGCGUCCAACCUGGCCGCCCUCGGUGGAUCUAGACUGGGAGGCUAUGGCAACUAUUACUACGGGCAGCUUCACGUCCAGGCAUCCUCCAUGGGCCCCUCUUGCUGCGGCGCCGUGCAGCCCUUCGGCGCUCAGCAGUGCUCCUGCGUUCCAGCCACAGGCUACGAAGGGACGGGCUCGGUCCUCAUGUCUCCGGUCCCGCAUCAAAUCCUGCCCUACAUGAACGUGGGCACCUUGUCCCGGACUGAGCUGCAGCUCCUGAACCAGCUCCACUGCCGGCGGAAAAGGAGGCACCGCACCAUCUUCACCGACGAACAACUGGAGGCGCUGGAAAACUUGUUCCAGGAAACCAAAUACCCCGAUGUGGGCACCAGGGAACAGCUGGCCAGAAGAGUACAUUUACGGGAGGAAAAAGUGGAGGUUUGGUUCAAGAACCGCAGGGCGAAAUGGCGGCGGCAAAAGAGGUCUUCUUCGGAGGAGUCAGAAAAUGCCCAGAAAUGGAAUAAAACUUCCAAGACGUCCCCAGACAAGCGACAAGAAGAAAGCAAAAGCGAUUUGGAUUCCGACAGCUGAUGUC